GCCUCGCAGGCAGCGGAGCGUCGCGAUGGCGCCGGCCUCGCUGCUGCUGGACGUGGCCAACUGGAGCACGAUCUUGGUGUGCCUGGUGCUCAAGCUGCCCCAGGGAGCCGCCCUGAUCGCCGCCAAAUCCGCCCGGGGAGUCAGCCUGGAGAGUUUGGUGCUGGAACUGAGCGGCUUCCUUGUAUGCCUGCGAUACAUGAGUUAUUACAAUUAUCCUCUGCCAACAUAUGUAGAAUAUCCCAUCAUCAUUGUGCAAGAUGUCAUUCUUUUGCUGUUUGUUCUGCAUUACAGUGGCAAAAUGAAGCAUGCUUUGCCUUACACAGUCAUAUUUGUGGCAGGAUGGUACAUGCUAACUCUGCAGAAAUGGAUAAUUGACCUGAGUAUGAACAUGAGCACUCUGGUCAGUGCAGCAAGUAAGCUGGCUCAGCUCCGUUGUCUUUGGCAGACGAAAGAUUCCGGACAAGUGAGUGCUACCACUUGGGGCUUAGCUUCAUUUACCUGUGCAACAAGAAUAUUUACAACUUUAAUGACGACAAAGGAUGUUACAGUUCUGGUUCGUUUCAUCGUCAUGUUGGCCCUUAAUGUAUGGGUCAUAGCAACUAUACUGCACUACAGGAAGCCAGCCAAGAAGCAUGACUAAGAUGGGAGCUCUUCUGCCUGUUUUAAAUAGCCAGGACCUAAAGGAAGAAUGGAAGCAAUCUAAGACCAAAGUAUCAUCAAGUUUCAGUAGAAGAACACUCCAUUUAAUGGGGAAGCUGCUGGCGUUUAUACACUGAAGAUAGAUGGGUCAAUAUGAAUUCAGUAGCAAAGCUCCAAAGUCCGUUGUGCUGCUCACACCUGGUGGGCAUGUUGUUUUGUAAGAAAUGCUAAUGGAUGGGCAGUAUUUUAGGACUGUUCUGCUUAGUGUGUAUAUAUGUGUAUGCUUUUACCUCUGAAAUGUUUUAUCAACUUUUCAGAACUCCAUUUCUGAACGUUCCUGUGAAAUAACUGUUCUUCCUUUAGUUGUCAGCACAUCUGUAAAAUUCCAGUUUGUCUUAUUCCUAACUCUAUCCCUCUACCAUGUAUGACUAUUGUAGAGGCUGCAGCAUUCUUAGUAAGCAUUUUAGAUGCGUUUGCACACACACACAUACACAACAACCACUCUUACUAAAGACUGGCAUCGGCUUGAUAAACCUAUUUUCCCUGCCCCAGAGAAAGUUAGUUGUGCUCUAGUCCCAUUGACUGCAAUACGUGUAAGUGGGGCUAACGUCCUUUGGAUUUCAGCCUUACUUUGUUGAAUAUCCAAUGUUAGCUGGCUCUCUCCAUCUCUUCUGUUGGCAUCUGUCAAAGAGAGGGAGCCUGUAUACACGCUUUAGUUAAGACUCUUUCAAAACAACUUACAAUAGUAUUUAAUGGGAUAGUCCUUGAAACCUUAAAGAAUAGUAGGCUUUGUUCUCAAUUUAGACUUCUGUAUCUGCAUAUACUCUUAUGAACAAUUGCCCUAUUGUAAGCUUUGGUCAAACUGGGUGUGCUGGAAACCCACCUAAGCCGGAUUCAUAGGGUUUGCAUCUCCACCUAAAAUUUGUGUAGCUGUUAAAGGCUGUGAAUGGAAAGCCGGGGGUUUGAAAAAGAUGACCAAUGUUUCCUCAUAAUUUGAUGCAGACAAGCAAGAGGCCCAGCCUUUGGAAAGCAGAAAUGUAUAGUCAGAACUUUAUUUUGUAAGGUAUUUCAGAAAUGAGGAAUGAUGGUGUUUCCAAAUAAACCAGCAGCUAUUUCUUGCUUCCAGUGGAGCAAGAAUGUUCCCUUGAACUGUUAUUACAAUGCAUAUACCUUUUGGAGCAAGCCAUGAAACUUUGUAUAUUUAGAACUCUAUUGGGCAAGUAA